AGUGCCCACGCCAAACUGCGCCUCGAAGCCUGCGACCCGCGUCGAAAUUUAUCAAUUUCGAAACGACCUCGCUCUUUUGGUUUUCUCUCCCCCGUUUCACCAUCAAUUGUCGCCUGACUUCUGGCUCUUCACCUUGUCUCCGCCUUUUGGGUAGGAGAAGGAGAUGAGGUCGACGCUUCACAAUGCGUGGGAUGUAGCUGCACGCACGACGCUGUGCGGAACACGUUCGGCGGUCUCGCUACGUCACCGGCAGCCGUUUAUAUGCCGGCGGUGCCAGCACCUGGCCGGUCUGAAGAGCGUCGCCGUGAACGACAGGUACAAAAAUGUGGUUACGCGGUACGGGCAUCGAAGAGGUUUCUCGUGGACGGCGGGCAAGCGGCAGGACGAGGUGAAGAAGGUCGACGCAGAAUCACCAUCGACAUCUGGAGAAUCGGAACAAUCGUCAGCGGCAUCGAACGGCACUGUUAGCCCUGCUACGCGGGACCAGCUGCCGUCGCACAGAGAGGAGAUACGAUGGCGAGUCUCAAAGUACAUGAACAAGGUCAUGGACAACCUCAUGCCCAAGCUAGCCCUGGCAAGCCAGCGGAUCAACACCUACACCGGAACAGAUUACUCCGGCAUUGAGGCCCUGCGGAAAGAGAUCAUUGAGCAAGAGAAACUCGUCAAGUUCCAGCACGCACAGCUCGUCGAGGCCAAGGAGGCGCUCGAAUCCGCCCGCUCGGCCGAGUCGCUGUCCCGCAAAGAGGUCGUCUCCCUACUCGAGCGUCGCCACUCGUGGUCCGACACGGACCUCGAGCGCUACAUGUCGCUCAUCCGCUCCGAGCAUCUCAACGAUCAGGCCGUGCAAUCAGCCAAGGACCGCGUCGCAGAUGCAGAGGCCGCGCUCGCUGCCGCGCGUAACAAGCUGGAAAAGAUGGAGCGCAUGCAGUACCACGAGGAGCAGAUCUGGAGCGAUACGAUACGCAGGAACAGCACAUGGGUGACAUUCGGACUCAUGGGCGUCAACAUCUUGUUGCUGCUCGUCACCAUGGGAGUCGUGGAACCGUGGCGGCGGAAGCGGAUGGUCAGGGAGAUCAAGGCUGCCCUGGAAGAGAGCAGAACGCUUCCCCCGGCAGCUACAUUAGCGCAGCCAAGUGCCAAUGACGAGCCGGGCGUAGCAGAAGUUGUGGAGGACGAUUCGCACCACGAGAGUGAGCCCAACCCCAUGCCGAUUGAGGUCGAGGCUGCCACUGGCUUUGUUGCUACAUCUACAGUGGGCCCGGCUGAGCCUGUUCUUGAUACCACGGCGCCAGGAGAUUUAGAACCCCUUGCCCCGCAGACCUCUAUCAAGGAAAAGGUGGUAGAUCUCUUCAGCGAGCGUAACAUUACAGUUCGCAUGGUUGAUAUGAGCACAGUAGCUCUGGAAGGAGCGGUCGUCGGUGCACUAAUCACCGCGAUCCUACUGGGGCUCCUCCGACCACGCUGAUGCAAAUCAUGUAUGUAUUAUUCAUACAAUCAUUCCAACCUUCCCAUCUCUAGAAUUACGGGCAUUUGCUCAAUCUUAAUCAUUUCAAUCGUUCGUGAACUCAUUUCACUCAUUCACUCAUCAUUUCUUUCCUCUUUAAAACGAUAUUCCACUUCUCCUUGGUAACCAUGAUCGGAGACCAAACGCACUUGUACCUUCAAAUGGUAGCGCCGAGAAGGGCAUCGUACGGCUUUGUCCGGUGGGAAUCAGGCAGCUCGAGCUUCUUUGCUUCAGCAGCAGGCAUUGGCGAAGGCUAAAUAAAGAUGAAAUUUGGUCAUCCCGAAGUGACCAUAGCAUCUCCAUUCGCUUCAUCGUAUUGAGGCUCUUCAUCCCCGUCAAGGCCUAUAACUAUCCGCGAUGGAAUAUCCUUCUUCGUCUUACGAGCAUAUUGCUCUGCCCAAGUGCGAGCCUUCACCCACUCCUUGAUCCUCGCAUCAACGUCGUAACCUUGUCUCUUCAAGAUUGCCGAAUUGACGCGGUCCGCAACUUCGCGGCGGAGAUCAGGCUUGAGAAGAGCAGCAAGUUGCGGGCUAAGGGAGUCGGUUUGGAACACAAGCAGAGACAUCGUCUGCUCGAGGUCGUGUAGGAACUCACGGUUGAUGCUAGCCCUGGGAGCAAGCUGCUCUUUAGCAAAGGUAAUGGCUGGUGAUAUAUCAGGGUUGCCUGAAGCAUUAACAGAGCAUGAGCGGAUGAUUUCAAUCAGCUGAAGCCGGAGGAGAGCGAAGUGCAAAGGCGCAUCCAGGUCGAGGAUCUAUUGCCAAGCACGAAGUCAGUACGAUGACUAAAAGGAUUGAAAAACAGCUAACAGAAAAUAUUGUUGUAGCGUUCAGGUCAUACUGAGGACUGAAGUAGUUUCUUUUUUCAUCAGAGCUCGGAAGCUAUGAGUGGUGCAUGAAACAUAGAUAAUCAUAGAGAACAGAUUGCUUUAGGC